GCCACACCAAAUUAAAAACUUGGUCGCCGGACCCGCGCGCACGUAAUUUACAGCUUUUCAAAUAAUAAUAUUAAAAAAAAUAUCCCGCAUCCGGAAAUAAAUUGUCCGUUUUCCGCACAUUUUCGACUCUUACUUUUGGUUUUAUUUUUUAAGUCACGUUUGCGCUUGAAAUUAAGGGCUUUAAAACCGUACGUGUCCACAUCUAAACUACAUUGAAUGUAUCAUAAAUUUACCGCGUGGUUGUCAAAUUGACUGCAUUGCGAGAAUAUUACAGAUUCUUACAAGAAUGCCUGUGCUCGUGAUAAGAAUAAGUGACCAGGAUGGGGCGGAUAUACUUUCAAACACCGCCACGAAUUUUACAGGGGGUACAUUCUCCGAAUUGUUCGAGAAAUGUGUUCAUUCCAAAAACAUCACUUUAUCUACGGAUUCGAUCGUGGAGAUACGACUACGAGAAGACAGACAAGCCCAGUUCAUGCUCGCAGACAAUGCUGAUAUGGAUGUUUCAGAAAUAGCUGCUACACUCGGGUGUAAGUUUGUGCAAUUUAUUAUUACUCGGACACUUGCUUUAACUAGUUCCAAUUCAUGUCAUGAACAUAACCCUGCACCUGGGGAUGAACAUAGACCAAGUGCCCAAGUACGCGAUGAUCCUGCCAGUGUAAAUGAUCGAAUCAACCGGGAGAUAUUCAAGACCCAGAAGGUCCGGGACGUAAUUGUCUGUGGAGAGUGUUCCAAGCCAAGAUGUGUUUACAGUGAUAAAAAGCUAACCCGUGAACAAGAGGAGCUGCUGCUGCGUUUGAAAGAGGAACAUCUGUACACAUGUGGCGACUCAUUAGUUCCAGAAGAUGUAGAAGAUCCAGGCAUGGUUGUUCGAGAGGCAGUGAACUGUUUGACUGAAGUGGAGACAAGUUACUUCUCUACAUCGUUGAAACAUUACUUACCACCAGUGUGUGUUCACUGUGGAAAAGUUGACAAUCUGUUGGAUGACACAGACCCUUAUAUAUCUGCUCUUUAUGAGAAAUAUUCUGUUGUGCGACCUUUGUGUGAAUAUUGUAAAAACACUGGUAAAGAUGCCAGAACUUGGGGGAAAAAGUUUCUCCCCAAGAAGUGUAAAAGAUAGACAAUAAACUUGUGUUUCAGGAUGAUGCAUUUAAACUUUGGGGCAAAAGUGACUUUUUUGCAAUAAAAUGUUAUCGCUCGCCUCUAUUUAUUUUACAUCGCUCGUAACUUUUCAUAUUCCAACUUUUUAAUUUUAAAAUUAUCAAAUCGCUCGCUCGCCCCAAUUUUUUUUCCUUCUAAAAUCCGAAGACCAAGAAAUUAAAUUGGUGUGGCCUUA